AUGAACGAAAAUAAAUCAAAAGAAGCGUGGAGUGUUUUUAUUAGGGGGAUAAGUCCAAUGAUUGAAAAAGAUGAUUUAAAAGAUUUUUUGAUUGAAUUUGGUAAAAUUACUUCAUUACUUUUGUAUGAAAGAAAAAGUUGUCCAACACAAAAAUAUGCUAUUGUCUUAUUUAAAUCAAAAGAGCAAGCAGAAAAGUGUAUAAAUGAAAUUGAUGGUAAGUCACUCUUGGGUCAUCGUUUAGAAGCUGAUUUCGUUUUUAUGAAUCAUUAA